UAUCUCUCUAUUCCACCUCCGACUCCCCAGUCCCAGCCCCGCGCCUCCACCAAAAAUCCGAACCCUAGCGCCCCGGGGGCCGCCAGAUCCCCGCCGCACCCCGCCAUGCGGAUCCGCAAGAGCGCCGCCCGCCUGCUCGGCUCCGCCUACUCCGCCUCCACCUCCGCGGCCCCCGCCCCCGGUGCGCCGGCCCCGCCCGAGCUCCUCCUCACGACGCCGCCGCCGCCGCCGCCGCCGCACCUCGCGGCGUGCUCCCCGCCGCCCGAAUCCAGCGGCUGGGGCGGCUACUCCGGCCACGCAACUGCCUCCGGGGAGGCCUGCGAGCUCAGCCGCUCGCCGUGGGACCUCAUCGCCGAGCUCUCCCUCUCCGACCCCCAGGAGGAGGACGACCUCGUCGACAGGUACUUCGUCCAUGUCAGGACUCGCGCGAGCUGGCUCUUCUCGGCCAGCAUGCCGGUCUCCAACGCGAAGAAGGUGGCCGCGGCUGCCAGGGAAAGAGCCAAGCGGCGGCGCGAUGAGGCGAGGAGGGCGCUGAAGAAGGCGGCAGCGAGCAAGGAGAAAGGCAAGAAGGAGGAUGCCGCGGCCUGGAGCAAGGCCAAGGUGAAGAAAGAGGAGGGGGAGCAAGUGCAGGCGGCGCGGGUCUGGAAGUGCAAGAAAAACGACGGCAAGCGGUGGCACUGCCACCGGACAGUGAGCCAGCCCAACACCCUCUGCAAGUACCACUUCGUGCAGAAGCGCUCGUACCUGAACCCGGACUACGAGUUCCCCGGGGUGUUCGAGCCGGAGGAGGCCGCGCCGGCGCCGGUUCCAGCCGCCGCCUCCAAGCCCUCCAGCAACAGCAAGCCACGGAGGAAGAAGCCCACCAGCGACUUCAACGCAACUGAGGGCUUCUACUACUACGCCGGCUUCGGCCCCUUCCGCAGCAAGAGGCACUGCAGGAGCGGCGGCACGAACGAGCCUGUGCCUGUAAAGCAAGAGGAGGAGGACAACGAGCCUGCGCCUGUAAAGCAAGAGGAGGAGGAGCAAGUGGCCGAGCAUGCUUCCCCUCCUGCCGCAGACCAGGCCCGAACCGCCGAAGAUGCCAAUCGUGCCGCUGCGCCUCAUCACAACGAUGUGUCUACCUGUGACGACGACAUUGCAGGGAUCGCCGGCGUCGACGAGGAUUCCAGCAACGACGACUACGACGGGAUCGGGAUCGCCGGCAGCAGCGGCGGCGGGAAGAGGAAGACCCCGUGGAAGCGGUGGAGGAAGCCCGUGAAGGCGAGGUCGCUCAAGUCCCUGAUGUGAUGGUGAAUGAUCAUCAAGCAAGCAAACCCCUUCUGCAGGUGGACAGCAGGUUGGUUAAUCAGCUAGCUUUUGGCUUAGCUUAAUUCUUCCUAGCCUUUUCAUCCGUCCGGUUUCGCUGGUGACUUGGUGUACAAACUGUCUGGUGGUGGGGGGCUUCUGCCAUCUUGAUUUUCGCCUGUUCCAAUCUUUUUUGCCAUCGAGCUGAUUAGGGCAGUUUUUCUUCAUGUUAAUUCGGUGUACCAAUCUGCCGUUCGCGUAGAGAUCCAUGUAUUUGUGGUGUUGGGCUGGCUCCUCGAAGGAAUAAUGCGAGCUUGUUUCCCUGCGGUGUC